UAAGACAAGUUAUUAUCAAAUUGUAUCAUGGUAUCGGAGCUAAGGCUCUCAAAAACCUAGCCUCUCUUUUUUUCCGACCGCCGCCCACUAUGGCAGCCCCGUCGGAUCCUUUGGCGUCCUUACCCUCCGGAGUAAAACUUUUGCUUCGGAGUCUCCACAACUUAAUCCCAGAAAAACUCACCGAAACAAAUUAUCCGGCAUGGUCUCUCAAUGUCCAGACAGCUCUUUCAGCUAAUCUCCUCCUUGGAUGGAUUGAUGGUCAUGAAGCAGCCCUGGCGCCAACUAUCUCCAAAAACGAUAAAAUCGUCCCUAAUCCAGAGUAUACCUCCUGGAUCAUCGUUGACACACAUAUCCGCGCCUGCCUCCUAGCGGUCAUCAGCCCCUCCGUUCACAAACAUGCUCGCGGCUUCACCACAUCUGCUGCCCUCUGGGAUGCUUUAGCCGCAUGCUACAACUCCAUGUCCACCGCUCAUGUUUAUCAGCUUCGGGACAAACUCCACACUCUUCGUAAAGGUACCAAAACUAUGACACAAUAGCUUGAUGAUGUGGCAACUAUUCUCUCGGAUCUCGAUGCCUUGAAAGAAGAGAUCCCUGAACGUGAUGUGGUGAAUGCUGUUAUUCGUGGUCUUCCCACCGAAUACUCAUCCUUUAAGAAAAACAUUCGCAUGAACAAUACCAAUAUUUUGUUAAAUCAGCUUUCUGGAUGGCUGAUCUCCGAAGAAAUAAACCUGGAGAUGGAGAAUAAACUCAGCCUCACCGA